GUGGUUUAAGCUAAAUAAAAAUCCAUCUUUGGUUAGAAAUAACCAAAGCAUUGUUGGAAAAGUGGAGUACCUUGCUUUGUUUAUGGCUCAAUUCUCUCCUUUGCUGCCUGUGGACAUCUUCCACCAACUGCUCUUGAAUUUGUCUGUCUUCUUGUCCUACAGGACAAAAGAUGUUUACCCAGAAGGGAGGGUUGGGCCCUCUAGCCUAUACCACCUACACCCUCAAGAACUGGCAAACAACAAGAUCAGUAAGGAGAAUGCUGAAGGGAAAGUAAGUACCACUCCAAGUGCAGCCCAGCCAGGGGAAGAAGCUGCAGAGCUGGAGUUUGAGGGAACAGUUCCAGCCCACCUAGAAAACCCGCCAGUGUCCACAGCCCUUUCAGAAGCCAGUGGGAAGCAUACCUUUCCACCAAGGAAGAAGCCCCCCUCUCUCAAACAAGUGAACACUGCAAGGAAGCAUUUGAGGCCAAAGACUACUCCUUCCAUGCUACAGAGAACAGCUUCCCAGCCUGCCCCCUCCAGUCCAGGCUUCUUCUUCUUUACCGAAAAACCCCACGCACCAGGGGACCUGGCCUCAGGCACCCUGGAGGGCAAACAUGGCACAGCCGAGCAGCCCUCCUGGUUGGGCAGGAAAGGAGGCGGUGGGCCCACCACCCCAGCCCCCUUGGAGAUCUCCCCCUAUACCUCCCUCCCACUCCUGGAACACACCUUGCUGCAAAGCCCAGAUGAGGCCGAGGCAUCCAUUCCCACAGCUCAGGAUGCUCCACUAGAGGAUGGGGCCAGUUCCACUUCUCUGAAGGAGAAGAUGGCGGAGAAUGAUCUGACCAGCUCAGCCUCAGAGGAGAGCCAAGAGACAACCACUUCCACCAUCAUCACAACCACAGUCAUCACCACAGAGCAGGCUCCAGCUCUCUGCAGCGUCACCUUCUCCGAUCCCGAGGGCUACAUAGAUUCCAACGACUACGCCCCACUGCCCCUGCAGAGCUUCCUGGAGUGCACCUACAAUGUGACUGUCUACACUGGCUAUGGGGUGGAGCUCCAGGUGAAGAGUGUGAACCUGUCUGAAGGAGAGCUGCUCUCCAUCCGAGGAGUGGAUGGCCCCAACCUGAUGGUCUUAGCCAACCAGACCCUCUUGGUUGAGGGACAGGUGAUCCGAAGUCCAACCAAUACCAUUUCUGUCUACUUCCGAACAUUCCAGGAUGACGGCAUUGGAACCUUCCAGCUUCACUACCAGGCCUUCAUGCUGAGUUGCAGCUUCCCCCGGAGGCCCGCUUUUGGAGAUGUCACAGUGAUGGACCUGCAUUCGGGUGGCCUUGCUCAUUUCCACUGCUAUCUGGGGUAUGAACUGCAAGGCGCCAAGACGCUGACUUGCAUCAAUGCCUCCAAACCUCACUGGAGCAGCCAGGAGCCCAUCUGCUCAGCUCCCUGUGGAGGGAUUGUCCACAAUGCCACCAUUGGCAGAGUUCUCUCACCCAGCUACCCUGGGAACACCAAUGGAAGUCAAGUCUGUGUGUGGACCAUCGAGGCACCAGAAGGCCAGAAACUUCACCUACACUUCGAGAGGCUCUCCCUGAAUGAGAAGGACAGGAUGGUUGUCUACAGUGGCAGGAACAACAAGUCGACGGUCCUCUAUGAUUCCUUCCAAAUGGAGAAUGUUCCCUUCGAAGGCCUGCUGAGUGAAGGCUCUGCCAUCCGAAUCUACUUCAUGGCUGAAGAGGCCAGGGCCACCACAGUCUUCAACAUUCGAUUUGAAGCUUUUGAGAAAGGCCACUGCUAUGAGCCCUAUAUCCAAAAUGGUAACUUCACAACCUCAGACCCAACCUACAACAUCGGAACCACAGUGGAAUUCACCUGUGACCCUGGUCAUUCUCUGGAGCAGGGACCUGCCAUCAUUGAGUGCAUCAAUGUCCGGGACCCUUACUGGAAUGAUACAGAGCCCUUGUGCAGAGCCAUGUGUGGUGGGGAGCUGUCUGCGGUAGCUGGAGUCGUGCUGUCCCCAAACUGGCCUGAGCCCUAUGCUGAGGGAGAGGACUGCGUCUGGAAGAUUCAUGUGGGAGAGGAAAAGAGGAUUUUCCUGGAUAUUCAAUUAUCUGUGACUUCAUUCCUGAAGGGAACUCCCAGUGAGGAAACUUUGUCCACUGAUGCUGAUUGACAAUGCUGGC